AGACAAAAGGAACUAAAAGAAAAGGAUCAAGAUUCAUUACAACAUACAGAUGUUAUUUCUUAUAUUAUACUUGAAGUAGCUGAAUAUGAACUAAGAGAUGCUAUCAGUAGCAAAGAGAAGGAAACAAUUAAAUUAAAACAAGAACUAUCAGUGAUGAAAGUACUGGAGGAAGAAUCAUUGUCUGUUCAAAGUGAUACUGAAUCAAUUAAAGAAGUUGAGGAAGAACCACUUUAUGAAGAAUUGACUGUAUUUAGUUCUCAAUUUAAUGAGAUAAAAGAAAAAAACAAAGAACUGACAGACAAAUUGUCAAAAAUGAAGGUUGAUUAUUUGAGAUCACUUUCAGUUUCUAGUAAUACUGAUUCAGCUGCUAGCAAAGUGAGAGGAGGAAUGUCUUUUGAAAUUGAUGACUGCAAAUUUCAUCUUAAAGCAAUGACAAGACCAGACUAUCAGCCAUUAGUAGAUAAUAAAAGAAUUAUAGAGAAAUUACGAGAAAGAAUAACAUUAAUGAAUAUUGAACUAAUGACUGAAAGAGAACACAAUGAGAAGAUUAUAAAAGAUAUUGAAGAUUUGAAAGAUAAAGAGACUGAGGAUCCUGCAGGAGAUAAAGUGACUAGUGAUGAAGAGAUUGAGUAUAAUAGUAUGAAUGAUGAAUUUAAGGAUCAAAUUUGUUCAGUAAGUGAAAUCAGACAAUGA